UAUUGCAAUCCCCAACCCAACUCAAACCAGCUGGAUGCAUUUAAAUGUUCAGCCGUUUAUCGUGAAAUAUUUAUAAAAUAGUUUUGGGUAGUGUACUGUAGAGGCAAUUCUAUUGCCAAAAGAUCCGAAUAUGGACACAUCGUGUGAUUUGGUGUCGGACGAGAGCAGCUAUGAUCUUUUCAAGCAGGACAGCUUGUUUGCUGAGAGUUUUCCUCUUAUGAAGGAGAUCCGCAGACAAGGGAAACUCUGCGAUGUUACUCUCAAGGUUGAUAAUCAUUCCUUCUCCGCACAUCGGAUCGUCUUGGCGGCCACAAUUCCCUAUUUCUAUGCUAUGUUUACACACAACAUGGCUGAAAGUAGGAUCAAAGAAAUAACCAUGAAGGAAAUCGAGCCUCAUGCUUUAGAGAGUUUGAUAAAUUUUGCUUAUAGCGGAGUGGUUAAAAUCGACAAUCAAAACGUACAAGGACUAAUGGUUGGCGCUUCAUUUUUACAACUGAACAAAGUUCGGGAUGCUUGCGCGGAAUUCUUAAAAAACAGGUUUCAUCCACAAAACGUACUUGGCAUUCGCCACUUUGCUGACACGCUUGGUUGCACACAGCUGGUGACCUCAGCUGAUCGCUAUAUACAUCAGUAUUUCUCGAAGGUCGCUUUUUCCGACGAGUUCCUAGCGCUGAAUUUUGAUGAGCUGAUAGACAUAGUUCGCCGCGACGAGCUGAAUGUGCCGACGGAGGAACGUAUCUUUGACGCCUGCAUGAAAUGGGUUAAAUUUGAUCAGCAGAAUCGCUCGGGAUUCUUGCCAAAUAUUUUGGCUAACAUCCGGCUUCCCCUUCUAUCACCGCAGUUCUUGGCCGAUAAUGUAGCAACAGAAGAGUUGAUUCGUACAUCACACAAGUGCCGGGAUUUGCUCGAUGAGGCUCGAGACUUUCAUCUGAUGCCCGAACGUAGGGCACUUGUUUCCGCUUCCCGUACUAGACCGCGAUGCUGUGAUUAUGUGGUGGGGCAAAUUUAUGCAGUUGGAGGAUUAACCAAAAACGGAGAGUCUGUCAGCACUGUGGAAAUAUACGAUCCCGUUACAAAAGAAUGGAAAAUGGGUGAAGCAAUGUCAAUGCUGCGGUCCAGGGUAGGAGUAGCUGUGAUGGAAGGGAAGUUAUACGCUUUUGGUGGAUUUAAUGGAACAGAACGGUUAUCGACUGUCGAGGUGUACGAUCCUGUGCAGAAAAAGUGGAGUCAAGGAAAACCUAUGAGAUGCAAACGUAGUGCUGUUGGUGUCGCAGCUUUGGAUGAUCUAGUAUAUGUUUGUGGUGGAUACGAUGGGGUCACCAGCUUAAGCACGGUUGAAUGCUAUUCGCCAAAGACUGAUUCGUGGACAACUGUGGCUCCAAUGAUGAAGUAUCGAUCUGCAGGUGGCGUUGCCCCGUUGGGAGGAUAUGUGUAUGCACUAGGUGGUCAUGAUGGUCUUUCUAUAUUCGAUUCCGUAGAGCGAUAUGACGUAGCAACCAACACGUGGACCAAAAUUCGUUCAAUGUUGAAUCGCAGGUGUAGAUUAGGAGUUGCAACUCUUGGAGGUAAAUUGUAUGCAUGCGGUGGAUAUGAUGGAAGUUGUUUUUUACGUUCGGUAGAAGUGUAUAUACCAGAAAAAGACCAAUGGCAGUUAAUAGCUCCGAUGAACGUUAAAAGAAGCAGAGUUGCUUUAGCUGCUAAUAUGGGUAAGUGAAAUAUAUGAAUAAGU